UUUGCCAGCUGGGCAUGAAACUCCUAGUUGUGAUGCGGCGUCGUCCUUCUUUGCAAAUACCUAUGUGAUUUUUGUGAUAUGUCUGAUAAUAAUGUUACGAGACCACCGGCGCGGUCUGGUGGUCUGCCAGCGCGGUCGCAAGCAUCACCUGAAUCCCGGGAGCAACCCCAGGAGCAGCCACAGCCAGCACACCAGCAACGCCAUCAGCAGCAACAGCAAGAAUGGCCUUCCCGGAAAAGCAUGGACCCCUGGCAAGCACCAACAGAGGGAUCCACUGCAUUCUCGAUGGAAAUGAUGCAGCAGCAGCAGCAGCCGCGACAACAACAGCAGCAGCCGCAACAUCAGCAGCAGCCACAACAACAUCAGCAACUGCAACAACAGCAGCUGCAGCACAAACGUCACUUCCCACCGGCAGCGAUUAGCAGCAGUCUAUACCAGUCCCAGUAUGGUAACACUCCAACGGCAUCUUCCCUCAGUGAACCGAGUGGCACAGCUGUUUAUGCUUACACGAGCUCUCCGUACUGUUGCCCUGGCAACAGCCGUGGGCAGCAUGGUCACACAUCUUACUCUGGAUCUUCGGUGAAGGCAAUGCCGGGACAUCAGAGCAGUGAACAACACCGGCUGGAUGAAGAAAUGAUGGAUGAAAUGUGGAAGGGCCUGGAACGUGACGAGAUGCAAUUACGGGCUGCCGACGUGAACCAGGGAGCAGACAUUGCCUGGCAAACGGUUAUAAGGGAACUGAAGGAAAGAGCGCAACACGAAGCAGCUCAUGAGAAAAUGCAAAAUGAGCAACUCACCCAGGUUUCACUGAAUGCAUCAGAUUUAGAAAUUCAACGUAUCAAGGAACAAGACCGGCUAGAUGAAGAAAUGCUGGAUGAAAUGUUUAAGGGCCUGGAACGUGACGAGCUACAAUUACGGGCUGCCGACGUGAACCAGGGAACAGACAUUGUCUGGCAAACGGUUAUAAGGGAAAUGAAGGAAAGAGCGCAACAAGAAGCAGCUCAUGAGAAGACCCAAAAGGAGCAACCCACCCAGGCUUCACUGAAUGCAUCAGGUUUAGAAAUUAUGGAAGAAGCCUGGCUGGAUGGCGAAGACCUGAAUGAAUUAGCGAAGGACCUGGAACGUCAAGAGCUGCAGAUACAGGCUGCCGAAGUAAACCAGAGAGCAGACAUUGACGAGCAAACGUUUUCAAGGCCACUGAAGGAAAGAGCGCAGCACGAAGCAGCUCAUGAGAAAAAGAAAAAGGAGCAACUCACCCAGAUGUUUGGUGACGACAUGCUACCGGUAAUGGGUGCCACUGGCACUCUAUACUCCGGCGACACAGCACAGUCUGAUUCGGGCAGCACAGGAAUGGCUCAGAUGGGAGCAGCUGAUCUAUCGGCAACAGCAGAUACAGGCCUGCCAUCGCAAGCAUCGGCUUCGAGCAUUCCGGGUUUGGGCGAUACUUCGCUGGACCUUAACAACAACAGCGCUACAGCAGAAAGUGGAGUAGCAUCACAGCAGCAGCAGCAGCAGCCGCAACAACAGCAGCAGCCGCAACAACAUCAACCGCCACAACAGCAGCAGCUGCGGCACCCUCCCUUACCGCCGGCAGCGAUUGGCAGCAAUCUCUACCAGUCACAGUAUGGUAACACGCCAACGGCAUCCUCCGCCAGUGGAUCGAGUGGCGCAGCAGUUUACGCUGAUACAAGCUCUCCGUACUAUCGUCUUGGCAACAGACCGGUGCAGCAAGGUCACACAUCUUACUCUGGAUCUUCGGUGAAGGCACUGUCGGGACACGAGAGCAGUCAGCAGCAGCAGCCGCAACAACAGCAGCAGCCGCAACAACAUCAACCGCCACAACAGCAGCGGCUGCGGCACCCUCCCUUACCGCCGGCAGCGAUUGGCAGCAAUCUAUACCAGUCACAGUAUGAUACCACGCCGACGGCAUCCUCCGCCAGUGGAUCGAGUGGCGCAGCAGUUUACGCUGAUACAAGCUCUCCAUACUAUCGUCUUGGCAACAGACCGGUGCAGCAAGGUCACACAUCUUACUCUGGAUCUUCGGUGAAGGCACUGCCGGGACACGAGAGCAGUCAGCAGCAACCGCAACAACAGCGGCAGCAGCAGCCGCAACAACAGCAGCAGCCACAACAGCAGCAUCCGCCACAACAGCAGCCGCCACAACAGCAGCAGCUGCGGCAUCCUCCCUUACGGCCGGCAGCGAUUGGCAGCAAUCUGUACCAGUCGCAGCAUGGUAACACGCCAACGGCAUCCUCCGCCAGUGGAUCGAGUGGCGCAGCAGUUUACGCUGAUACAAGCUCUUCGUACUAUCAUCUUGGCAACAGACCGAUGCAGCAAGGUCACCCACCUUACUCUGGAUCUUCGGUGAAGGCACUGCCGGGACACCAGAGCAGUAAAGCUUCAGCUGCUAGUUCCGCCGCUGAUACUGCCGCUCGAAGUUGCUGCAUUGCUCACUGCAACAUCUGCAAUAGUUGUUUCCACUCCGCCACGGCAGCACGCGACUCCCAUUCCUGUACCAACAAGUAGAGAAUGAGGUGAAAACAAUGGAUCUAGGGCUGAGCUUGUGAAGCGGCGUAAGGAAGAGAAGCCGCUGCCGCUGUUGGGUCUGAUCUAGGAUUUAGCUCUGCCUUUGUUGGGUCUGAUCAGGGAAUUAGCUCAGCCUCUGGCGGGGUUGAUCAGGGAAUUAGCUCUGCCUCUGGCGGAAAUGAUCAUUUCGAGGACUCCCACGACGGGGACAGUUCCGGCGGUGGACAGGGUGCGGGAAUAUAACGAUUUAAAUAACGGUUACAAUGACUUUGAGGUACGUUCCAUGACAGUGUGUCUGCUGGCAUCAUACCUUAGAGCCCCUUCUAGUACAUUGUCUGUCUUUCUCCUUUGUUGUCUCGAUCAUUAUUUUUUUUUGUCUUUUUCUUCUCCUCUCUUUGCUAUGGUCUAUCAGUAGGAGGUGCAUUCUGGAAAUAAAUAAAUAAAUCACGAGUCGGUCUCACGCUUAGGCUGCUGUGCCUCACACUGAGUAAGAAUAUCUGGGCUCCUGGCUGCAGAUGCGCGGGCAUGAUGUGAAUGUCGAUGCUAUGAACAAGAUGAGCUCGUUGAGUUGUCGACUACAUGACCUUCUCAGCGAUUCUCAAAACCGCAUGCAGCAACACUGGGAGAAUGCUGUUCAAUGGCCUACAGACUUAGUCAAGACUCUGCACCAUCGAGUUUGUCACAUUCUCUCACUAAGUCACCUUCAGAGUAUAAUGCGAGAAAUUUGGACCUUUAAAACUCUGCACUUUCAGACUUGAUUUUUGUGAUGUGUUUUCUCCAGUGUUUUCGCCAGUGCGUGUGUGCUCCAGCAAUACUUGUUCCCCAAGCUGGCAUCUUCCUAUUGCUGCUGUUGCUAUCAAGAAGUGUGCCCUGUAAAUGUUUCUUCAUAUUUCACUCCUCAUGCUAGGGCUAUAUUGACUGUUUGUAUUUGACUCCUUUUUAGGGAUCAAAAGACAUGGUUUGGGUUGUCUUGACAACAAUCUAGUAUUGACUUUGUUAAAAAAAAGUAAAGUUCGCACUUCCGCGUUACCACCGGC